GCUAUCCGAGCCGCCGAGGGGUGCGCGCGGUCUCCUGUAGGACACUCUAGAUUCCUCGGAACUGUCUCAAAGGCGCUGGGAUUGGGAGUUUAUCCUUGAAUUUUGGAGGAAACGUUUGGUCGAACAUCCCCACACAAAGUUGCGUUUAUGGCUGUGCGACUUUAGGCAUCACUCGCACCACGUCACUUUCACAUGCUUUCUCAGUGACAAACGCAGCGGAUGUUUCUUUCCUGGACGCACUGAGAUCUCAAAUCCCGGGUGCUGAAGAUGAAGUAUAAAAACCUGAUGGCCAAGGCCCUGUACGACAAUGUCCCGGAGUCCCCUGAAGAGCUGGCCUUCCGGAAAGGCGACAUCCUGACGGUCAUCGAGCAGAACACCGGCGGGCUGGAGGGCUGGUGGCUCUGCUCGCUGCACGGCCGGCAGGGCAUCGCCCCCGGCAACCGCCUGAAGCUGCUCAUUGGGCCCAUGUUCGAAGCCCAGCCCCCUGCCUCCCAGGCCUCGCCCUAUCAGCAGAAGCCUGGGGCAUCUCAGGGCUCCACGGUGCUCCCCUCAGCCCAGCAGAGCCCCCAGCAGCAAGGCGUAUACCAGGUGCCACAGAGGAGCCCCUGGGCGGCCGACGGAACGACCAGCAAGGUCGUGACCCCGAUGCGGGUGGGGCAGUCCUACACCUACGACUCAGUCCAGCGACACCAGCAGGACGUCUACGAUGUGCCACCCAUCAGGCCGCAGGGGGUGUACGACAUACCCCCAACGAAGCAGGGUCCCAAGUUCCCGGGGAAGCUGGGAGACCCAAGCAUGCAAGGCGUCUACGACGUCCCACCGACAAUGCAAAGCCUCUACGAUGUGCCCCCGACAACGCAAAGCCUCUACGAUGUGCCCCCGACAACGCAAAGCGUCUACGACAUCCCCCCGACAACGCAAGGGGUCUACUCUGUGCCCCCCUGCCGAAAUAACCAGGCCCUCCAGGAAGGAAACUACGACUUCCCCCAGCCCCUAAAGACCAAGCUGGGCGGUAUCUACGACGUGCCCCCCGUCAUGACGGCCAGGCCCUCGGCCCAGUCCAACUACGACUUCCCGCCCAGCUCCGACCCCGCCGCCCUCCGCGGCUCCGCCCUCGGCGGCGUUUACGACAUUCCCCCCGUCCAGCCCUCCUCCUCCUGCUCCUCUGGUUCGCAGGGCAGCGACGUGUACGACAUCCCGCGCGGGGCCGGGGACUACGACGUGCCACCCCCGCAGGAGCCGCGCCUCCUGGGGGAGGUGACGGAUGGCGUGAACCGGCUCUCCUUCUCCAGCACGGGCAGCGCCCGCAGCAGCAUGUCCACCUCCUCGUCCGCCUCCUCCACCCCAGAGCCGCGGGCCGCGGGGCCCGACCUGGACAGCGCCGUGCAGAGGCUGGGGCAGCUGCAGCAGGGCGUGGAGGCUGCUGUCGCCGCCCUGCUGGCUCUGGCCGCCUCGCCCCACUGGAGGACGCCGCAGUUGGCGGAGAGGCGCGGGGAGGAGGUGCAGGGGGCGCUGGACCGGGUCCGGGGGGCCGUGGCCGACCUGCUGGCGUUCGGGAGGGGGGCGGCCGCCAGCGCCCUCGGCCUGCCCGACCGCGGCCUGCAGGGGAAGCUCCGGCGGCAGCUGCAGCGGCUGGAGGACUCCCAGCAGAUCCUCCUGCAGACGGGCCGCGCCCCCGAGCCCGGCGCCAAGCCCCAGGCCAGGUGCGACGACCUGGACCGCUUCGUCAUGGUCUCCAGGACCGUCCCCGACGACGUCAAGCAGCUGGUCUCCACGGUCGGGGGCAGCGCCGAGCUGCUCUUCAGGAGGGCGACCGUCAGCGGGCCCCUCCCCCAGGGCGGAGCGCAGGACAACCGCCACCCCGUCGCCCACGACAACGAGGUCUACGACGGGCAGCUGGAGAGAGACCAGACCGGACCCUUCCCUGUUCCGUCCAGCCUACAGCAGGAGAAGGACAACCUGAACCACAGCGAGAAGUGCGUGAAGAGCUGGAUGGAGGACUACGACUACGUGCACUUACAGGGGAAGGAGGAGUUUGAGCGACAGCAGAAGGAGCUUCUGGAGAAGGAGAACAUCGUCAAGCAGAGCAAAGUCCAACUGGAGCAGGACCAGCUCAAUCAGUUUAAGCAACUGGAGCAGGAAGUGAUCAAGCCAGUGGACAAUGACAUCACCCAGUGGAUUUCCGCCGCAGGCCCCUCCCCUUCUUCGGACUCCUCCUCCUCCUCUUCCUCGCAGGGCGGCGAGUCGCAGCUGGGCGAGUGGGACAGGAAGCUGCUGCACUUCUACUCUGAGCAGUGCGAGGCGCACUUCGUCACGCUGCUCAACGCCGUGGACGCCUUCUUCAGCUGCAUCAGCGCGGGCCAGCCGCCGCGCAUCUUCGUCGCCCACAGCAAGUUCGUCAUCCUCAGCGCCCACAAGCUGGUGUUCAUCGGGGACACCCUGUCGCGGCAGGCCGCCGCCCCCCACCUGGCGGGCCACAUCAUGAACUACAGCAACGCCCUGUGCGAGCUGCUCAAGACCGUGGUGGGGGCCACCAAGAUGGCCGCUCUGCACUACCCCAACACCGCCGCCCUGCAGGAAAUGGUGGACCGUGUCACCGACCUAUCCCAUCAGGCGCAGCAGUUCAAAGUGCAGCUGCUGCAGCUGGCGUCCUGCUGAGGCCCCGCCCCCGGGCCCCUGUGUACAGACAGUAUUCAGACAGACUGAGACCCAACACGUCCGUCCGUGUCGCAUAUCAAAGGGUUUUUUUUUUUCCAUUUGUAAAUUGUUCCGGAAAGUUUCGGUUUGUAAAUACUAGGCUCUAUUUUUUGUGUGUAGAUUGUUUUAUAAUAAUUAUUAUUAUUGUUAUUAUAUAAAUGAUGUAUUAUAAAUAGUGAGGACUUGUCUUUGGAGGGAAACUCAUUUCGGGAACAUGCCUGUUUGUUGAUAAUACCACAUUACGCACCUUAUAAGAUGUCCUUUUUCUUUUCAUAUCCGUAGAAUAAUGGCAUACUGGUUGCUAAAAAUGAGAGUACUUGUUUGUAAAUAAUGUGAUACGUCACCCUGGGGGCGACUCAGUAAAGGAUGCUUGUUUCACUAGUGUGUAGAUGGGCGUGUUUUUAUGAAAGUUGCUGUCACUCACGCACUGUGGGAGGGGCCCUCCGUUUGUGAUGUGAUGCACUUUUUUCCCCAUUAAUUUAGUAAUUUAAUCGAGGAUGCAUUGUAGGGUGUAAGUGCUGUAAGUAUGUCUCCAAAUUAGGCUUACAUUAUAGAAAAUAUAAAAAACCAUGCAUUGCCAUCCUAAAUUAAUUGCAACUGGUUCUCUCACUAAAGAAUGGAAUUAAAUGCAGGCUUUAGACGAGUGUUCCUCAGUGGUAGUUCCAGCCGUAACUACAGUUAUGCCAUCAUACAUCAACAGCUUUGUGUGGCAAUGUGUCACUGUCUGUUCCUCUGAAGAUGGCUGCUAUUGUGUCCUACCUGGUAAUAAAUCUGCAGUGUCAUGCUGUAUUUUCAAGUGGUUUGCAACCCUG